AUGCAGUGCCCUCGCUGCUCUGGUCUCCACAAGAAUGAGGAGCAUUGCGCUGUUGCAAAGUGCUGCAAGGGCAAUCCCAAUGUGGAUCCACCAAUUCUCCCUACACCCGAGGGGAAGGAGUGCCCGCACACUCCUCGCUGCCCCAACUGUGGCAAAUUGCAUGCUGCGCUCAAUAAGUUUUGCACCCUUUUGGCGCCAUUGGUUUAA